AUGCAAAAGCCUAACAUCCAAUACGAACCAGAUUCUACUCAAUCCCAGCCUGCAAAAAAACGAGAAAAGAAGCUACUAACCAAACAGUACAACCCCCAUGUCUCAUAUGACCCAAAGAAGGCCAAAGGUCAUCACAAAUAUACCAUUUUAGGCACACAAUGAUACUUUCCAUACCAAGCGUAUGACCUUCAGCAAGAAUUCAUGACCAAAGUUGUCCAAGCAUGUCAGCAAGGAGAGAAUGCACUUCUAGAGUCCCCCACAGGGACUGGAAAAACCCUAGCUCUGUUGACAUCCAUACUAGGGUGGGUAAGAAGUGAAAGGACAGUUGAAGCACAUGAUGAUGAACUCCCUCCUAAGAUUAUUUACUGAUCAAGAACUCAUUCUCAGUUAAACCAAGUCAUUAAAGAACUUAAAGCAACUGCUUAUAAGCCAAGGAUGGUCCUUGUUGGUUCUAGAGACCAAAUGUGAGUGAAUCCAAAGCUUUCAGAGUAUCGAGGAGCUGUUUUAAACUCACAAUGUAAGAAAGCCAUCAAGAACCCUACCAAACUUUCAGGAUGUCAGUAUGAAAGCAACUUAAACAGGAAACUAAAGAACAAUAUUGAUAUUCCGUUCAAAAUGUUUGAUAUCGAAGAACUGCAUACCUUAGGAGAGCGGCAUAAAAUAUGUCCGUUCUAUCUGCAAAGACAUCGCAUCAGCGAAGCUGAUGUCUUGUUGAUGCCAUACAACUACAUAUUCAGCUCUUCAGUAUCAAGAUCUUUAGAUAUCCAAUUUGAGAACUCCAUAAUCAUUUUUGACGAAGGACACAACAUCCCAAAAGUCUGUGAAGAAGCUUCUAGUUUUGAAAUCUCCAUUGGACAGAUCAGCGAAAUUCAAGGGAAACUGAAUAUCCUUAAGAAAAAGAUGAUGUCCAAUGACACACAUGAGGAAUUUGAAAGUGACCUGACCAAGGUUGAUAAUUUCAAAUUUCUCCUAACCAUAAUCUCCGAGAGGAUCAAGAAUUGGGAACAAGAGCCCAUCCAGAAGCCAAUUGACCAAGAAAAACGUAUUAUUAGAAUCUUCACCGGUGACAAAAUAUACAACUUCUUGUUCUGUAAAAGAGAAACAUACGAAGGCAGACCAGAUUUUAGACCUCUAGUGCCAAAGCACUUUAGUUACUGGCUCAAGGUAAUUGACGACCUGCUUGUAGAUACCACAGUUGGGGAGGAUAGCAAGAGGACACCUCAACUGAAGAACUUCUAUGACUGUCUGAAGAAGUUGAUUGGUAUCUAUACUCAUGACAACGAUGCAAUAGAGUCACAGAAAGAUAUCAACCACUACUACUCAGUGCUCAUAGAGGAGAAAAUUGAAGAACAUAUCCUGAAAAAGCUCAAGAAGCAUGAAAUUGAGCCGAGAAAGAAAAGCAAUAGAAAAAUAGGAUUCUGGUGAUUCAACCCUGCUGUUGGGUUUAACAAAAUCAUGAAGCUUAGUCCAAGGUCGAUUAUUCUGACCUCCGGCACCCUAAAUCCAAUGGAUGAGUUUGCUCAAGAGCUUGGGACAGAUUUCAACAUUCGUCUUGAAAACCCACAUGUUAUUCAAAAGCAGCAAGUUCAAGUGUCAAUUCUCAAAAAUGGUCCCAACACUAGGUUCAACUUUAAGUAUGAAAAUAGAAAAUCUACAGAAAUGAUGUUAGACUUGCUGAACGUGAUCACUGACAUAUGCCGUGUAACACCAGGUGGAGUCCUGGUAUUUUUCCCCUCCUAUCAAUUGAUGAAAUCAGUCAUCAAAAUCUGCGAGGAACAGAAGAUUGAUAAAAAGAUUGAGAAAUACAAGUCAUUCUACGAAGAACCCAGGCAAAGUGCUCAUUACCCUUAUGUAAUUUCAGCAUACUACAACGAUGUCUACUCCAAAGGUUCACUCAUGUUUGGUGUCUGAAGAGGCAAAAUCGCAGAAGGCCUUGACUUCUCAGACGAUGCAGCCAGAGCAGUCAUCGUUGUAGGAGUACCUUAUCCUAUGAAAAUAGACCCAAAGACAAUUCUUAAAGAGAAAUAUCUUGAUAAUAUAAGAAAAAUUAAGAAGAAAGGGGUCAGCUCCAAGCAUUGGUACCAAACCCAAGCUACUAGAGCUACCAAUCAAGCUAUUGGGAGAGUCAUCCGCCACAGUAAUGAUUAUGGGAAUAUCAUCUUGAUAGAUGAGAGGUAUGAGAACCCUGAGAACAAAUCUGCUGUAUCUGCAUGGCUCAGAGAUCAGAUCAAAGUCUUCUCAAACUCUGAAUUAGCUAUCCAACAGUAUCAGCAAUUUUAUGAAGAUAUGAAGAAACUUGACCUCAAACCAAAGGUUCAAGCAGUAACAGAACUUGAACUAGAUGAUAUUGAUGAGAAUGAUGACCACUUUAAAGGUGUCAAAGACCAAAUAAUAGAAGAUGCAAGUAAGAUAAAAGCCAAGGCUAUUAAAAAGCAAAAGCUCGAAAAGAAACGUAAGUCUCGUGUAAGAUACGCAGGUGGUAUUGCAAAGGAAAGCCAGAAGAUAACUACUGUAUUAAAAAAAUAAGUCAAAUCUGCUGAAUUCUACUUCUAAAUCCCCUGAGAAGCCAGGCCCUAAGAUGACUCAGAUGCUUUUGAACCCUUAUAAAAUUAUUGAAAUUUCUAUUA